UGCAGAUUGGCAGUUUUCUCCGUCUCCCGCUCUCUCAACUGCAGCUCUGGUGUGUUUGCCCUGAAACCCCUACGUUAUCUACCACCAUCGUGCUCUUAAGAGUACUGAAGAUCCGAAAAGGUUUCUUCAGUAGGUCCCAGGGAAAAAAGUGUUCCACUUUCCUGAAGGAAUAUUGACAAAAGUUAAUUAUAUAAGAAAACUUUCUGCAAGAUAGAUGACUAAAGGCAACGGAGAAGAUCCAAAACCUGGAAGUAGGAUGGAACGCAUUCAAAAAGGAGUCCGGAAACGUACACUUUUGGCAAAAAAGAAAGUGCAGAGCAUCACAAAAGAUGAUGUUAAAAGUUAUUUAUUGAGGAAUGCCUUUGUGCUCUUUACCAUUGUUGCUGUGAUUCUUGGUGUUAUCCUUGGAUUUUCUCUCCGGCCAUACAAGAUGAGCUAUCGGGAAGUCAAGUACUUUUCAUUUCCAGGAGAACUACUCAUGAGAAUGCUGCAAAUGCUUGUCCUGCCACUAAUUGUGUCCAGUUUAGUCACAGGAAUUGCUGCCCUGGAUAGUAAAGCAUCAGGGAAGAUGGGAGUCCGAGCAGUAGUCUACUACAUGAGUACUACGAUCAUUGCUGUACUGAUUGGUAUAAUCAUUGUGGUCAUCAUCCACCCUGGGAAAGGUACUAAAGAAAACAUGCACAGAGAAGGCAAAAUUGUGCAAGUGACAGCAGCAGAUGCCUUUCUUGAUUUAAUCAGAAAUAUGUUCCCCCCUAAUCUGGUGGAAGCUUGCUUUAAACAGUUCAAAACUAAUUAUGAAAAGAAAGUGUUUAAAGUAGCAAUUCCAUCCAAUGACACAUCCACAGUGGCUUCCAUAAUAAGCAAUGUGUCAGAAGCACUGCAAACUCUGACUCAAAUGAAAGAGGAAAUAGUUCCUGUUCCAGGUUCUGUAAAUGGAGUGAAUGCCCUUGGCUUGGUCGUUUUCUCAAUAAGCUUUGGCCUGGUGAUUGGAAGCAUGAAGGAGCAAGGUCAGGCAUUAAAAGACUUCUUUGAUAGUCUUAAUGAGGCUAUCAUGAGAUUGGUAGCUCUAAUCAUGUGGUAUGCUCCACUUGGAAUCCUCUUCUUGAUUGCUGGAAAAAUUGUUGAGAUGGAAGAUAUGGGUGUAAUAGGUGGUCAGCUUGCCAUGUAUACUGUAACAGUUAUCAUUGGUUUGCUAAUUCAUGCUGUCAUUGUCCUACCUCUUCUCUACUUCCUGAUCACUCGUAAGAAUCCUUGGACAUUUAUUGGAGGCUUAAUCCAGGCAUUAGUCACAGCUUUGGGAACAUCUUCCAGUUCUGCAACACUACCUGUUACAUUUAAAUGUCUAGAAGAAAUAAAUGGAGUGGAUAAACGAGUUACGAGAUUUGUGCUCCCAGUUGGUGCUACAAUUAAUAUGGAUGGAACUGCUUUAUAUGAGGCUUUGGCUGCAAUUUUCAUUGCACAGGUUAACAACUUUGAUCUGAACUUUGGGCAGAUUAUCACAAUCAGCAUCACAGCUACAGCUGCCAGUAUUGGGGCUGCAGGCAUUCCUCAAGCUGGACUGGUCACCAUGGUCAUUGUGCUUACAUCAGUAGGUUUGCCUACAGAUGAUAUCACUCUUAUCAUUGCAGUGGACUGGUUCUUGGAUCGUCUCCGUACCACUACUAAUGUCUUGGGAGACUCCAUUGGAGCAGGAAUUGUUGAACAUUUAUCACGGCAUGAGCUGAAGAAUAGAGAUGCUGAAAUGGGUAAUUCUGUGAUAGAGGAGAAUGAAAUGAAGAAACCAUACCAACUGAUCUCACAAGAAAAUGAGAGUGAGAAACCGUUAGAUAGUGAAACCAAGAUGUAAGAUAAAGAAAGCAUGAGUCUGACACUACAAGUGUGGAAAACACCCACUUUUUCCAGACAUUUAUAUCAUGAAUUCACCAAGUUCAGUUAUUCCUUGAUCUCUCCCUUUAGGCUAGCACUGGAAAGAAUUAAAAGUAAAAUAUAUUCCAAAUUAGCAGUGACCACAGUAUGUGUUGGCUUUCUCUUUUAAAAAAAUUAACAGGCGACAAUACUGGUCCUGCUAAAGCUGUGCUACCUGAGGACAAAAAUAAAGGAGAGACAGUCAAUUUGUCAAUUGAAUAAAAAUGAAAGUCAGUAUAUAUGUUACUCGGUCCUGUGAAACUCUUCUCUUUUUUUUAAAUGAACUGGAAAGUAAUAACAGAUAACAGAGCCUGAAAAUGGUUUUAUUUUUCUAAAUACCUGUUGCAAAAUUCCUAACAUCUAUAAACACACAAUCAAUACUUCUAACUUGAUAAUUGCAUUCAGUUGAGUAAAUUAACAGGAUUUUUGCUUUUUUUAUCUGAUUUUUUUUCUUUCUACUAUUACAUCGUUGUUCUAGCGGGACAAUAAAAAGGUCAUUAAUUGAAAGCAUAAAAAGGGGAAAGAGAAAUAAAGAAAGAAAAAAUACCACAAAUCAGCACUUUUAUCAGCUGAGUUGAAAUGUUUCUGAGAAAGUUAUUUUAUCCAGACACAGUUCUUCACAUGAGCCUCAGCUUGUCUUGACAAAAACUGCCUAAGCAGCUCCCACUGAUCUGCAGACAUUUCCAUAUGUAUGUACCUUCAAAUCUGGACUUGAUCCCUGGAUUUCAACAUUGCAACUCAGCUGAUCAAUCCAUGCCCCAUGUAAGGGUUUGUAGGAGCAAAGACCUAGGCUGUAUUGACUCUGAGACGGAAAAUGUGCCUUCAUCUCUGCUUGGAAAAAAAACAUAGCAUUCUUUGGAUGUGCUUAUCGUCUGCAUGAUAAGCAAUAAAAAGAAUAGAAGGCAGUGCCAGUGUCCUGUAGAAGAUGCAAGUGGGUGAAAUGCUCAGAUCUUAAAGGAACUGGAUUUUAAAUCUGAGUCCCUGACACCAACAGGAGGCUUUAUGACUGGAAACCUCCCAAAUGCUUGGUCGUCACACUCACAAGUUACAGAGCUCUUGGCUGGAUUUGCGGGUUUUUUUCGAUCUGGACGAGAAGGCUUGCUAUCUCAAUGUGAAAUUUUAAAAUCCUUGUGUGUUUAUCAGUAGCAUCUCAAAAAGAAAUAACUUUAGAAAGUAAAACUAAUGGGUGCUUUUUUACUUUUUACUAGGAAAAUAUAUAAAUUGCAAAAUAGUAAAUGCUAUAAUAAAUGUUGAAAUUUUAAUUAGAAAGGAUUUUAAAGCGCAAUAUUGUAGGUUUUUUUCAGGGAAUAGAUAAGGAAAGAACAAAAAAAGGGAGACAAUGCACUUGUAAUCCUAUGUCUUUUUUUGUUCAUUUCAAGAUUAUUCCCUGCUGAAAUCCUUUUCUAGAAAUAUAAACUAUGUAUUUUUUCCUUUUUGCCUUAUAUUAUUAUAGAGGUUAAACUGGAAAGUUUUAUAACAUUGUUACAAUAUGGGGAUCAAAAAUAAUGCACAGGCACAACAGUAUCAAGUGAUCUUUUUUGUUAAAAUGUUAAGUUGUCUGUCUGCUCACUCCUGCUACCAAAAAAAUCUGAUGACAGAAAUGAAGGAUUUCCUUACGAUGUCCCAGUUGUUAUUCAAAAAACAUUCAACACAUUGCUUCUGUCACUAAAAGGACAUAAAUACGGUGUACAAGUAGCUGUAGUGAAAAUGUCAGCAUGUUGGUUGAAGGCAAAUCUUUUCCCAGGCAAGACUGGUUUUGUAAGGACUGAAAAAUCCUGCCCAUCUUCUCCACUUGAGUAACUUAGACAAUACGAGUAGAAACUCUCAGUGAAUGAAGUGAGCAGGGUUUAAUACAGAGUAUUGAGUGGUCAAACCAACAGAGCUCUAAAUGAAUCUCUGACUGAAAGAAAACCAAUACAGGGUUUCUUUUUUUGCUAACAGAAUGAAAAUCUAAGAUACAGACAGACAUUUUCUGAUAUAUAAUUAGAGAUAUUUUUAUAUAGAUACUGUAUUCAGGAUGUGUGUAUAAACAUUAACUGUAGAAUUUAUGGUAUAACAAUUAAUUUUUUUGCUAAGAUUUUGUUUGGAAAUACAUUGCAGAGACAAUGUAAAUGGCUGUCCUUCUAUGACAUCAGCUGAGAAAAAUGAACUGUGUCACAAAGAAUGUGAUUUUUUUUUAUACUAACUUUGUCUCUUAUGGAAAUCAGGUAUUGUAGAAAGGUUCCCUACCGCAUUCCUCACUGGUUCUGCAUCGGUAUGUACCCAGAGUGGAUUCAGAAAUGUUACUUUGUAGAUGUAUUUUCAAUAAAAAUAGUUUUACAUUA